UGUUCAGUCCAUCCAUACAAAUGCACAUUUUUUUUUAAUAGAUAGCUCUUGAAAUAAUUGGUUUGGACUGAGGAACAAAGCUUGAUUGUUUCCCUUCAGCUUUUCAUGGUUCUUUACAAUGAUGUCUUAUUUCUGAAUGAUGUGUUGUGCUUCUCUCUCCUUCAUUUAAUUCAAAAUCUUUUGGUGUAUUCUUUUGUCCUUCUUUCACUUUUCUUGCAGGGAUCACAACAUCUGCCUUUCUUUAAUUCCAGAAACAUUUUUUAAUAGUCUAAUUUUAAACAGGUACUAUUUUUCAGAAUACCAUCAAGACCUAAUUGUUAGGAGGCCUUUAUCUGAAAUUCUUUCCAAGUUUUUUUUCCCCCAAUAUCAUACAACUCUCUGAUAAGUUAAUGUAAAAAUAUGAAUCAUUUGUAUAUUUUGCUGUCAGAAUUAUUUUAGGUUCUCUAAGGUUGUUGACUAAGUUUCCAGUAGCAACCCAGAAGUUGCUGGAAAAACUGGUAAAAAUAUAAAACUGAACUAAACACUGRAUUUAAACACAUUUUACUCAAUAUAGCGUUUUUAAAAUUGUCUGAAUGCCUCUAUUUGACAUUGAACGGCCUUGUCCUUGAAAGACUGCAUGAAUUUUCCCCUAAUGCUACCGUUGCAAGCUGUACUCAAUUUCUUCUAUUUAUAAGCAUGUGGCAUACUUUGAAUUCAUUUUCUUUCCUGUAAGGUUGCUUGUCUGAAAAAGACAGUACAUACUUUUAUGUUCCUACGUGCCAACCAGCAGUGGCUCCUUUGUGAAGAGGGAUCUAAAUUUCCCAUUUCAUGUUCUGCCAAGUAAUAUAAAAUGGAUAGUUCUCAUAACUUGCAGUCUUUUCUGUGGAAAGAAGUUUGUAGCACAGGCAGAAAAUGUUCAGUAACUAAACUGAAGUUGAAGUAUAUACUGUCUCUGUAAGGAAUAAGAUUUUAAAAAUCAGAACAGGAGAGAUUCUGUCCUUUCACCUGUUGUCUGCAUGUUUUUCCCCAUUACUUUUCUCCUUCCCUACUGCUGCCUCAUGCAAUGCAGGAGAUUCAGGAUGGACACAAUGGCUAUCAUUCUGAAGCAGAAGCUGAUCAGGCACUGCGGGAUGGAAACAAACUAGCACAGAUGGAAGAGGCUCCGCUUUUUCCUGGAGAAUCAAUCAARGUUAUUGCUAAAGAUGUUAUGUAUAUCUGUCCAUUUAUGGGAGCAGUCAGUGGCACACUGACAGUGACGGACUUCAGAAUGUAUAUCAAAAGUGUUGAAAGGGAUCCACCCUUUGUUGUUGAUGUCCCCCUUGGAGUAAUAAGUAGAGUCGAAAAAAUUGGAGUACAGAGCCACGGGGACAACUCAUGUGGUAUAGAAAUAGUUUGCAAGGAUAUGAGAAACUUGAGGCUUGCUUAUAAACAGGAAGAGCAGAACAGAUUGGAGAUUUUUGAGAACCUUGUAACACGUGCRUUUCCUGUUUCUAAUGGGCUGCCACUUUUUGCAUUCAACUAUAAAGAGAAAUUUGCUGUUAAUGGCUGGAAAGUGUAUGAUCCAAUGGCUGAAUAUAAGAGGCAGGGCUUGCCCAAUGAGAGUUGGAAAAUAUCCAAAAUUAACAGCACCUAUGAGCUUUGUGAUACAUAUCCAGGUAUUCUUGUUGUGCCAACCAGUGUAAAGGAUGAUGACCUCUCAAAAGUGGCAGCGUUUAGAGCAAAAGGAAGAGUUCCAGUAUUAUCCUGGAUUCAUCCUGAGAGCCAAGCAACAAUAACACGAUGCAGUCAACCAUUGGUAGGCCCAAAUGAUAAGCAUUGCAAAGAGGAUGAAAAAUAUUUGCAGACAAUAAUGGAUGCCAAUGCUCAAUCCCAUAAACUUAUCAUCUUUGAUGCCAGGCAGAAUAGUGUUGCAGAUACAAACAAGGCAAAAGGUGGAGGAUAUGAAAGCGAAAGUGCCUACCCAAAUGCAGAGCUGGUCUUCCUGGAAAUACAUAAUAUACACGUAAUGAGAGAGUCACUGCGUAAACUUAAAGAAAUAGUUUAUCCUACUAUUGAUGAAACUCGAUGGUUGUCAAAUGUGGACUCUACCCACUGGUUGGAAUAUAUAAGAAUGCUUCUUGCUGGAGCGGUAAGAAUUGCCGAUAAAAUUGAAUCUGGUAAAACGUCAGUGGUGGUGCAUUGCAGUGACGGCUGGGAUCGGACUGCCCAGCUCACGGCUCUAGCUAUGCUCAUGCUGGACAGCUAUUACAGAACUAUCCAGGGAUUUGAAAUUCUUGUAGAGAAAGAAUGGAUAAGUUUUGGACACAGGUUUGCAAUGCGAGUAGGACAUGGAGAUGAUGACCAUGCUGAUGCAGAUAGAUCUCCCAUUUUCCUUCAGUUCAUUGACUGCGUUUGGCAAAUGACAAAGCAGUUUCCUGCAGCCUUUGAAUUCAAUGAAUUAUUUUUGAUAACCAUUCUGGAUCACCUUUAUAGUUGUCUCUUUGGGACUUUCUUAUGCAACUGUGAAAAAGAGAGAGUGAAAGAGGAGGUAAACACGAAGACUGUAUCACUGUGGUCCUAUAUAAACAGUCAAUUAGAUGAAUUCACGAACCCUUUCUACGUGAACUAUGAAAACCACGUCCUGUAUCCUGUAGCCAGUCUGAACCACUUGGAGCUGUGGGUGAACUACUACGUCAGAUGGAACCCCAGAAUGCGCCCUCAGGUUCCAAUCCAUCAAAAUCUUAAGGAACUACUCGCUAUCCGGACUGAACUUCAGAAGAAGGUUGAAGACCUGCAGCGGGAAGCAGCUACCCGAUCCAUUUCCUCCUCCUCUGAUAGAGGUUCCUCUCCUUCGCACUCAGCCACGCCGGUGCACACCUCUGUGUGAAGUGUAACACAAGCCACUUGUAAACCCAUUUAUGUCAGGUAAUAGAGGAGGGCAGAAGGUUCCUCCCAUCCCGCAAGAACUGUGACUUACCAUUGCUGUGAUCUACUUGCCUUACUGUGUGUGGUGUUAUCAAGAUGAGGCCAAAAGAGCUUCAAUAGACGUGACGUAUUUUCUCGUUGGCAGUUCCCACGCGUGUUUGGACUAGCCAAAUCCCCAAUUGUGAAAUUAACUUUGUUUUGAGCAACUAACAACUUAACCAUGCUGAAAAGGAAUCCAUCCGUCAGGCAGAUGAAAAAAUUACCGGGAUACCAGGCCUGGCUGAGAGCCUUGGAGGAAAUGCCACGUGCUGAUGCUUACACGUAAGCAGAACCCUGAAGUCCUUCUGAACAGGAGCUCUUUUUUUUCCACCCACUUCCCUUUUUUUUC